UGAGUUCUGUCGUUCUGUCUGUGUUUUGUGCGCUUCGGCUUCCGAAUAGCUAACGUCAAACAUAAACUUGUAAACGGAUUCUGUCGGUGACGUUGUGUAUUUAGUGCUUUUAUUUUAUUGCAAUUCAAAAUGUCAGAGGAUCACCAUCAAAACGGCAACGAGGAAAACGGUGAUGUUCCCGAAAUUGAACUUAUUAUUAAGGCCAGUACAAUAGACGGUCGCAGGAAGGGAGCUUGUCUGUUCUGCCAGGAGUACUUCAUGGACCUCUACCUGCUGGCAGAGCUCAAGACCAUCAGUCUCAAAGUGACCACAGUGGACAUGCAGAAACCUCCGCCGGACUUUAGAACAAAUUUUGAAGCAACACCUCCACCCAUUCUGAUUGACAACGGGUUGGCAGUUCUGGAGAACGAGAAGAUUGAACGACACAUAAUGAAGAACGUCCCUGGCGGACAUAAUCUGUUUGUGCAGGACAAGGAAGUCGCAACACUCAUUGAGAAUCUGUACAGUAAAUUGAAACUAAUGCUGCUGAAGAAGGACGACACGAGCACCAACAGUCUGCUGUCCCACCUGCGCAAGAUCAACGACCAUCUGGGACAGAAGGCCACGAGGUUCCUCACGGGGGACACCAUGUGCUGCUUUGACUGUGAGCUCAUGCCCAGACUGCAGCACAUCAGGGUAGCAGGCAAGUACUUCAGUGACUUUGAGAUCCCGUCGCAUCUGAAGCACUUAUGGCGUUACAUGUACCACAUGUACCAACUUGACGCCUUCACCCAGAGUUGUCCAGCUGACCAGGACAUCAUCAACCACUACAAGCUGCAGCAGCAGGGUAUGAAGAUGAAGAAACAUGAGGAGUUGGAGACCCCAACAUUCACCACUUCCAUCCCCAUCGAGGUGUCCGGAGAAGACUAACAUCACUGCGAGCCGCAAGGGGCAUUGUUACUGCAGACCAACAUUUCAUUACUUACAUUCUUGAGUAGAUUAUAUUUAUGUCAUAUUUUGUUUUAGGUUAUAGAAAAAGCUUUAUUAUUGAUAUUUCAAUACUAUUUAUUGCCACGGUUUAUUAAUGAUUUUCAAAAGCGUGCCGGCAGAAGUUAAAGUGUUGUUUGACAACACAAAGCUUAUUUAUUGUAAGACUUCAUGUGACUAUGUGCAUUAUUCGAGUGGCCUUUUUUUGUACUCCUCAUUGAAAAGUCUGAUUAGAAAAUGUCGACCAGUUUCAGUUGUAGUUCAGAUUAAUCAUUAAUUUGUAAUAAUGUCCAUAAUGUCCAACACAGGGCUAUACUGUUGUACAGUGUUUGCCGUUCUGCAGUGAUAAUGAAGGCAACAUUUUUGUGAACUAAAAAUCGGUUACCGGCAACUUUCACAAAACUUUGUAUAGUGAAAAUUUAGUUUAAGCAAAGCCAUAACGCUGUUUUCAUGCGGUGUAAAUAGGCAUGGCCAAGUUAAGUUUCUUGUUACUGGGUUGGCUGCACCGUUAAUUCUUGUUACGAACACUAACUAUAUAGUUUUUUUAACAAAAUGUUAAUCAGCACCGCUUUGUAUCUUCAGUCUCUGUCCUUGUAAAUAUUUCAAAACCUGCCACUGCAACUUUUGUUCAAUCAUAUUUUGUAAAGCCUGUAAAUUAAAACAUUUUCUACAAUUUUAGAUAACUAGCUAAAACUAAGGCAAAACUUAAAUUAACUAUUUGUUAAUUUUUAAAUUUUUAACAGGGUCUUUUUUAGUUUUGUUCCUCAGUUGCAGGUUGUCAAUGCUAUUUAAAUUUACAUUUGUUAUUGCCUGAUGCAUUAAUUAAGGUAUGUUAAAUCAUUAAAUGGCAAUAAUUUAUUAUUAUUUAAGGUUAUUUUUAUUUGUGUAUUUUUCACAAAGUACAGUUUAUUUAAAUUUGAAGGAAUAUAUUUAAGCUAAUUGUACUGUCAAAUUUUAAUAAAUUUUAUUUUGAUUUAUUGUAA